CAUGUACAGUCUGACCCACAAAGCAUUGCCGUACAAAAUCCAAAAAGAAACUUAGUUUCCACUAUCGCAGAUUGCUGGAAACUAAGUUUCUUUUCAGAUUCUGUACGGCAAUGCUUUGCAGGUGUGACUGCUCAUGCGCAGUGAGUUAGUAUUUCAGGCGAUUCUCGCAAGGGUUCUUCCUUGAUCGUCAGUUGGCCUUGGCGUCGCAAACUUUUGCUAACAGUGUUUAAUGUUCUUCAUAUCUUUUAUUUUUUCAUGUACUAUCAAACUUCGAAUUUAUGACGAAAGUCGUGGAAAACAGACUACGAAGAUAUAUAUUGUAAGAUGCACGGCAUAACAAAUGGUCAUCUUCACGGUUUUUCUUCUCUAGAAAAAAGGCUAUAAAGCUCCCACGUUUGGAUCCAUGGGCUAGAGAAGUUUUUUUCAUCCAGUUGCUGAUCAUCAUGCCGUUCAUCAUAGUUGUGUGUAUUGUUUAUGUGCUUUUCCAAGCCAACGAGGCGUGUAUUGUAUAUGUGCUUUGCCAAGCCAACGAGGCGUGUAUUGUAUAUGUGCUUUGCCAAGCCAACGAGGCGUGUAUUGUAUAUGUGCUUUGCCAAGCCAACGAGGCGAGUGUAUUGUAUAUGUGCUGUGCUUUGCCAAGCCAACAAGACGAGAAUACUGUAUUGUAUAUGUGCUUUGCCAAGCCAACGAAGCGAGAAUACUGUAUUGUAUAUGUGCUUUGCCAAGCCAACGAGGCGAGAAUGUAUUGUAUAUGUACUUUGCCAAGCCAACGAGGCGAGAAUGUGUAUUGUAUAUGUGCUUUGCCAAGCAGUGUAUUGUAUAUGUGCUUUGCCAAGCCAACGAGGCGAUUGUAUAUGUGCUUUGCCAAGCCAACGAGGCGAGGUGUAUUGUAUAUGUGCUUUGCCAAGCCAACGAGGCGAGAAUACCAAUAUCACCAUAUUGAUUUGCUAUUUAUUCUUAAUCACCCAUUGCUGGGAAGAAGUGAAAAGAAUAAAUAAUUAUAUACCCAAUACAUCUUAUAACUUUCUUACAUGAAUGUCAACGGCUUCCAAAAUUCCAAAAAAAUUACCCCCGUCCAAAAAAGCAAUACCCCGCAGUAAAGUACAAAAUUUUUCCAAAAUUUUUUUUUUAUCAGAAGCAAUAAUAAAAGUUAGGAAUAGUCACAAAAUUUUAUCACUUAUUAAGACCACAUAAUAAUUGCACCUAUACUAAUAGUAAUAACCCCUGUCCAAGUAAAAUACAUUGCUUCAUGCUAACAGGGAGCAAUGCUGCAGGAAACGGUGGGAAAAAAUAGAUGGGUGAUUCACAGUGAAAUUUUUUACGUGCUUACGAAUAGGAUAUUCUUAAUUCCAUACCUUUUAAGUGGAUAGAUUAUCUCCAAAAUUACUAAUAUAAUAUGAAUUUGGGUACAAAAACAAAUACCUGAGGGAGCAAUAUGGCCUCGAUCGUAACCUGAACGACUGUACGACUUGCAAAAUGAACUCUGUGCGCUGGUAAGUCUGAUAUCGCGACGAAGACAAUUUGUAC